AUGGGAAGAGGUUGUGUCUUAAUUUGGCUGGUCAGCCUCGUUUGUUCUUUGAGUGCGUUUACUUUAACGGAUCCAGAGGUGAAAGUUAAUGGCAGAAAAGUCUUCCUCUCGAUUCCUCCCGGAAAGCUAGAGAAUGUAAUUUCCAUUAUGUUUCAAGCGGAAAUUCAACGAAAAAAUAAGUGUGUUUCCUUUAAUGUUACCUACGCAACGCAUCCCUGGGAUAGUGAAUAUGAAAUGGAGUUUGAAAAUGAAAUAACAUCCGAUUCCUUAAUUCGAAUACGGACAAUAAUCGAAGGUACAGAUAAAAAAUUCACAAGCCUGGAAACAGUGCACAACGGUGAUGGCAAAAAAUCCGAGGGUCAGUUGUCAAAUAAAUCCCUAGAGUCUCUAAUGUCUAAAUGUCAACAACAAUCUUUGAUAAUCGAACCGUCGAAACCAAGUAAAGAUUCUUCGAACCAUACUUUCAAUCCUGGUCAACUCAUACUGGAAGAAAACUUUGACGGACAGGAGAUAAAUAAUUCAUUGUGGACGCAUGAGGUGCGGAACCUGUAUGAUAGUCGUUACGAGUUAGUUGUCUUUACGAAAGAAUCUAAAAACUCAAAAAUUGAUAAUAACAUGUUAAAUAUAACUGUAACUAGAAAUACGGUUGCGAAGAAUAAUAGUGAUAUUUUAAGAGAUUGCACCACCACCAAAGAUGUCACAUCAGAGUGCAGAUUGACAUAUCCAGAUUGUAAAGACAAAGAAAAUCAACAUAAUAAAAUGUGUAGGCCCAAACCAUUUGACCACGAUAUGAAUGGGUCUGCCAGCAUUCACACCAAAAAAAAGUUCUCCUUCAAAUAUGGACGAAUUGAAUUCCGGGGAUUAUUGCCGAGAGGAGAUUUUAUAGUCCCAAACAUUGUUUUGAAACCGACCGACUACACACCUUGUGAUAAGUUAUCUCCGCAAAUUCGUUUAUUUUCGAGAGGAAAUAAGAUGCUGCAAACGAAAGGAGAUUUGAGAGAUUUUAGCGGGAAAACUCUUUUUGGCAGUGUUUUACAUUGGGAUUUAUGUCCGGAUAAACCCAUGAAGUGCAGCUUCGAUAAAUAUGUUUCCAAGAAAAGUGAAACAGAAUUUUCCAAAGAUUUUCACAAUUAUACUAUCAUUUGGAGACAUGAUAAGAUCAUUUUCAAGGUUGACGGCGAGUCGAUUGGUAAAAUAACGGAUCAACAAAUUUUAAAAAAAUUUCAAACACAAUGUUAUCUGACUCUUGGUUUAACCGUCGGCGGUUUUGAAAACUUUAACCCUGAUAUUCUAAUCGAGCAGCACUUGGGAGCUUACAAACAUACACCAUCAAUGUUGAAAAGUUCAUUGAAAUUCCUCAAUGAUUGGAAGCAGCCCUCACUAGUUAUUGACUAUAUUCGAGUCUAUGCACUUGACGAGAGGGGAUAUUAAAAAUGCAAAGAUUUAUCAAGUAAAGUCCUCUUCACCGUGCCAAAAAGUUGUUCGCUUUUAAAUAAAAAGAAUUUCUUGUAGAGAAUAUAAUAGAUUUGAAAAUCAUUUACUAUGACAAUAUCAAAAUUACAAUUAAAUCUUAAUUAAAACGUU